ACGCGACUGCUUGACUUUUCGUUUGCUCUAUUACAGUUUGCUUUCAUUUUCUUUGCAAAUAAAAAAGGUUCUGCUUUCUUCAUCUUCUCCUCCUCAGUCUCUCUUCAACUUCCACGAAGAGUUUUCCUUUGAGAUUCAGUGGCUGUAGAAAAUCAAAAACCCACUUAAGCAGGUCCAGGUUCAUCAACUUCGAAAUGGGUUUUGUGGGUCUUGUUCAAUUUGCUGUCAAAUAUUUUGUUAAUGCUCUUGCAUGGCCUCUCUUUGCCUUGGGGUAUCCUCUAUGUGCUUCCAUUAGGGCAAUUGAGAACAAUUCAGUUUCAGAUACUCAGAAGUUGAAUACUUAUUGGGUUGUUUUCUCUUUGAUUCUGCUUCUUGAACAUGUUCUGAAUCUCCUUGAGUGGCUUCUGCUGUGGCCAUACAUCAGGCUAAUGAUUGUCUGUUGGUUAGUGACCCCUUACUUUGAUGGUGCUUUCUACGUCUAUGAAAAUCUUAUUCGCCCAUGUCUUUCUAUGGACCUCCAAAACGUCAUCAAUUGGUUCAAUAAACGAAUGGAGUCCUUGUACGCGAAAGAUAACUUUUUAACCGAGUUGGAGAAAUUUAUAAAGGAGAAUGAACCAGAAGCUUUGGAGAAAAUCAUUGCUGGCAAGUUGAACUCUGAAAGGCCUACGGUUACACAGAAAGAUAUCAGACCGCUGGAGGUUUUGGAGAAGAAUGAAGUGAAAGCUUUUAAGAAAAUGAUGGAUGGUGGAGUACAGCCAAAUGUCACUCGGGUUGAAUACAGAAAUUUUGCAGGUCCAGAGAUUAAAAAACCGGUUCCUGAAGCUGCAACAACACAAAGAGAAUUUCCAGAGACACCUUCUUCUAGUAAAGGCCAAAAAUGGACCUGUGAGAUAUGCAAUAUAACAAUGCAGGAUGUGACUACUUUUAAUAUCCACCUUCAAGGACAAGAACACAAGGUUGCUGUUGUGGCUCUGAAAGCCAAAUACCGGGCAUCAGGCCCCAGGGUUGCCCCCACUGAUAUUCCAAACAAUUCCAAUGUGCCAAAUGUGGAGCCGGGAAAGAGUGGACCGCAGAUAGAGUAUCCCGGUAAUGCUGAGGUUCGAGGCCAGCAACAGGGUAUUCCUGCUUCAGUUCCAAGGAAAUCGGUGGAAGCUCAACAGCCGAAGAAGCCUAACAUAGGAAGCCUUGGGAUUGAUAAGAGCUCUCUAUGGUGCAGCAUUUGUAAUGUAAAAUGCACUGGUGAGUCUAACAUCGUAUCUCAUCUUGGAGGCAGAAGGCACUUAGCUGCCCUUCAACAGCUAUCCACUUAGUUCGAUUUCCUCGGAAGAGACCCACACUCUGUUUCUCUCUCUCUCUCUCUCUCUCUAUAUAUAUAUAUAUAUAUAUAUAUAUAUAUAUAUAUAUUUAUAAUGCAAUUUAGGUCGUAUUAUCGUUUUCUACUUUCAGGUAUUACUAUUCUCCUUCCGGAGUCUGAUGCACCCAUUUUGGCUCAAAAGAAAUAUAUGCUUUACUCGA